AUAACUUCCUGCCAUGCCACAGGAAGAAAGCUCUAAGGAGAAAGAAUGGAUUACUGUAUAACCCACAUCAACUUCUUAAUGAAUGUUAUAGUCUUUAUAUUUUUAUCUGGGGUUUCUUCCUCAGGGAUUAGCAAUUCUGAGCCCAGUAUGGGAGAGCUACCUGAUGUGAUAUCUUUAGAUGAAGAUAAUCAUGAAGAACAAGAUAUGGCUAAUAAUCCUGCUACACACCAUGAGGGAGAAAAAAACUCGAAUGAUAUUCCUGCUAAUGAGAAAACAGGCAAUUACUAUAAAGACAUAAAACAAUACAGAAUGAGUACGCCUACAAACAAGGAAGAAGAAAAUGAAGCCGCUCUUAGAAAGAACCAAAGAACAACCCCAAAUGUGCCUGCAUUUUGGUCAAUGUUAGCUAAAGCUAUAAAAGGAACAACAGUGAGCAUGGAUGAUAAAGAUCAAUUACUGCAACCAAUUCCAGGCUCUGAUGUAAAUGCUACAAAUGAAGAAGAGUACCAGUCAUACCUACAGAAUCUCAAGCUCAGAUUAAUGCUGGGCAUUGCGCUGAUGGCCCUCCUCAUUUCUAUCUCCCUCGUGAUAUCCUUCAUUGCCACAUUGUACAAGCUGAAGCAGCUGAGUCACAAAAGGAGUCAGAGUCAGUACUCUAUCAACCCAGAGCUGGCCAUGCUUUCAUACUUUCAUCCAUCAGAAGGUGUAUCAGAUACAUCUUUUUCCAAGAGUGCAGAGAGCAGCACGUAUUGGAGUGGUGCCCAUUUAGAUCUGAGAAAGCAGAGCUCAAGAAUGUCUAGAAAUAUAACAGCCUUAGAUGACAUAGGGUUACAUGAGGAGUCGGAGUUACUCAUCAGUGAGGAAGCAAAUGAGGAAAUCAGUGACGUCAGCAGUGAGAAUCCAAAUGAGGAAAUCAACGAUGUCAAAUAGAUAACACCCUCUUAUAACUAACAAAUGAUUUUCCUGCCUGACACUAAUGUCGUAAUUUUGAAACUGUUGCGAUAUGUAAAAUUUCUGAUACUUUAAUGCUAGCAGACUAUGGACUGGGCAUCUCAUCACUCAAAAGCAAAUAAUCAUGACACGGAAAUUGAUGUGGAAUCAGAUUCAUUCGGGGCAAACUACUUGGAAGAUGGGAAAAGGGUAUUGUCCUCUAGGCUUAUUUUGCGGAAUACAGGAGUACAAAUUGUCUUUAAUAUGGAGAGAAAGGAGGAACAGGGCAGGAGGUUUAUGUGCUGACGAAGUCCUCAGCAUCGAGCAUGUGUCUUUCCUUUGUAUUUUUCUGGAACAUCCCAGCGGACCCAAUCACAUUGGGUUAGUUCCUCUAGUUAUUUUUAGACAGACACUUUCUCCACUUUAAACUUCUUUGCAUGCUUUUAGUUGAGUGACAAGGUAGAACAAGAAGGAAUAUAACAUAUUCUGAUAGUAUCUGAAGGUCAUUUGAUGUUCUACAUCGCAUAAUUCUAAAGAAAGAUUGUUUAGUAUUUGACACCUUAACUAUUCAGGUUGGGCUUCUCUUUAGGACGCUGGACAAAAGACAAGGGAUGAUAAAGGAUGACAAGGGCGGGUAGGCAACUUUGUGGAAAGGGAAAGGGAGUGGCUAUGAAAGUAAGUCUGCCAAAGACAACUUUCAAACUAAUGGUGCUGCUACAAUUCUCCACUGUCAGUGUUCUUUCAUUUCCAUAGGAAACUGGUGUUGACUGUAUUUUGUGUACUUGGUGAAUGGAAGUGAACA